AAAUAUGGACAGGUGCGAUCGAAGACUGAGCUAUGCGGCUGGCAAAAAGAAGGUGCUCUGUGUGGGCAACGCUGUUGUCGAUUGCAUUUCGAUUGUCAAUAAAUUUCCUAAGGUGAUGAAGCCCGAACGCUGUGUGAAAGGCAUCUGGCAGCGCGGGGGGAAAGCGACAAAUACGGCAACUGUGUUGCGCAAUCUCGGCAUGAACGUGGAGAUCUUUGUGAUGCUGAGCACUAAUCCAAUGUUUCGAUUGCUUUUGGAUGAUUUGCGUCUGCGAGGCAUUGGCAUUGACAAUUGUCCGCGGCAUGAGAGCAAUCCACCCUUCUCCUUAGUGUUCCUCACUAGGGACACAAAGACCUGCACCAUUACCAACUGCACCUCAAAGUUUCCCUAUGUCACGCUGGAGGACUUCAAGAAACUGGAUCUCAACAAUUACGGUUGGAUACAUUUUCGCGGACGUCCAUCGGAUGAGGCAAUGAUGAAACAUGUGGCUGCGCACAAUGCAAUGCACAAAGAAAAGAUUUUCGUAUCCAUGGAAGUUGUGUCGGAUCUGGAUAAUCUUUGGCCCAUGCUGGAGUGUUGUGACUAUGCCUUCUUCUCGAAGCAGUUGGCAUUCCAAUAUGGCUGGCAGAGGCCCAGAGAUGCUUGUCGAUGCUUGGAUGAGAUGAUGGGAUUUCGCUUGACCAACAAGCGUCCCUAUGUCCUCUUCAUGUGGGGCAAGCGUGGCGUCGGACUCCUCGACAACGUUGGCAACUAUCUGCGGGUGCGUGCGCAUAAGAUCGCUCGGGUUGUGGAUGCUCUCGGUGCUGGGGAAGCCUUUGUAGGUGCCUUCAUCUAUGCGUUGUAUGUGCGAGAGCGAACUGCCACGAUUGCCGCCAGCUUUGCCAAUCGCAUGGCCGCUCACAAGUGCACCAAAUUUGGCUUUGAUCAUAUGGCCAAUAUUUUAGUUGAGCCGCCAUUGUAAAUAUUCUCAAAUUAAACUUGUGUAAAAAUGGUU